CGGCUGGUGGUACAGGAAUGGAAUGCAUGACUCGGCUCUGAAGAGAUGCGAUGGUAGGGAGACUUCUGUCGAGGAUGCAAUUUUUCUCCAGUCUCAUCCUUAUUCUCCUCCUCUCUGUGGACAUCAACCAAUCGAGCGAAGCACGGGGGGUUCUGCGACUGAGCGGAUCAAGCAUGCUCCUGACUGGUCACUUGCCCUUCUCUGGCGAUCAGCAUAGCUCGUCUUCCUUCUGCUCAUGUGAAGGAGCAAAGUCUCCGACCGAGCAGGAAGACACGGUGGAGAUGAGCGAGGGGAGGAAGAGUGGGGGCAUCCAGCUCUUGGAGUCUGCCGACUCCCAGUCCUCCCGGUGCGGCUGGCAGGAGAUCGCCUCCAAGACGCUGAUGCAGGACAGCAAGAACUUUAUCUUCUCAGACUGCUCCUCCGAUGAGGCGCUCAACGUGAGCAUGUUCCAAGGGAGGUCGCGGUCGAGGAGCAGGAAGAGGCUGGACUUCCACACAGCUCGGGAGAUCGUCCGGAGGCAAGGGUACAGGAGGAGAGUGGAGUUCUGGAGUUGGCAGGAGAGACCGUCGUCUAUCCCCUACAACCCCAACCACGCGUACAAGGAGGAGGGAUGGAAGGGUUGGGCUGACUUCCUACAUGGGGAGGAGAGGAGUUCCAGUCCUUGGCAGGAGCGACGCUGCGAGCACUGCCAUGAUCGUCCCGUUGCCUUCGGCAGGUUCUCAAGGAGCGAGAGGACAUGGAACGACCUUCUCUGUGUCAGUUGUGCCUCGAUGAGGAAGGGGGAAGGUGACGGACAGCAGAGGGAAGGAGGAGGAGGAGGCGGGACGCAGGAGGAGAAGCUGCUUCUGCUGGUAGGUUGA